AUUUAUUCAAGGUUUGAGCUACAAGUGGUAACAUUGGUCACCGGUUUGUGUGUGAUUGUUAAGAUUUCUGUCGUAUCGCGAGUUAUAACAUAGUCCAAUCACCCUUUAGAUAAAGAAAUUCAGCAUUCUACUACAAAAACAUGAAACCCAAUAGCUUUGUCACAGGCUUGUAAAGACCAAUUAGACUAUAGUCCAAUUAUAAUUAGUCUAUACAAUAUUUAAUUGAUAUUUCAGUACGGUUCCAGGUAUUUGGUACCCAUCAUUCACAAAUAAGAGUGACGAAUAUCUAAAGACUCGAGAAUUCUUACUGUCAUCUUAGGACUAGUAAUCGACCUAUAUAGGUCGUAUAUGGUAUGUUAACAUACCACUUUUUACAGGCUUUUACUCAGGGCCUCUUCAUUGAUUUUAUUCUUGUCCGAUGAUCACAGAGAAUUUCCAAGCUAAGGUUUCCAUAUGCCUCUUAUUCUUAAGUUUUAAAGUUACCGCACUAGCCCUUUGUAAAGAUCCUUAAUAAACGGUCAGCAAAUAUGACGUCGAAGAUGAACUCCGUUCUUGGGGUGCUUCUCAAUCUCCUAACUUAUCACUAGGGAGAUUCAAGCCAAUUAGUGGGCUCUACCGGCCGGUACGAACUGUGUUAUUCCAGUGUUAGUAAACUAAGUAGUUCUACGUGUCUAGGAAACUUGUCUCAGUAAACUAAAAACUAGUAUCAGUUUGUUUCGAGAGAUAUUACAUGGACAUAAGAGAAUGUUAGUGCAUGAAAUGCCUAGGAGUUAUAGAUAAUAACAGUUUUUUAUAUUUAUCUAAUUUUCUUGUAGAUGAGAGUAUUUAUUUCUGCAAAUCCGAGAACAACUUGGGUCCCCACUUCAUAAUCCUAUGAUAGAUGUAAACAAAAUAAGUUCGACCCACAUUAAAGUUUAAAUUGCGGACUAUAUUAGUUUUUAGUUCACUUUAGGAGGAAAAGUGUUCAUUAUGAAUUUCUGUAACAUUUAAGAGAAGGCUAGUUAAUAGGCAUUUCGAAGUAGUUGACCAAAAAAGGACUGCCCUCUCAAUUCUCUUAUCCUCCUUUCUAAUUUUCCAUUCAAAUAAAGUUUCGGUGUACAAAGUCAUUCAUGUACUAGGUCCUAUGUUGUAUAUGCAGGUUUCAUGACGAUAUUGUCGAAUCAGUCCAGUGACCCUGUAAUUUCUUUAUCUAUGCUACAUAAAAACCCACGAAAUCAUUUAAGUCUUCCAUAAUUUAUUUUCCCUUACCUAUGUUGUUAUCGUUCGUUCUUAAGUCAUUAUCCUUUAGAUCAUUUUUAGUAUUGCCAAGUCUAAUAAAUGUUCUUCACAUGUGAUGAAACACGAACAUACAAAUUUAUCCUGUUUGCCAGGUCAUUUUGUAGCUUUCUCAUGACUUAGUGCCAACAAGUUAUAAAAAGCCUCAUGUACACAUCUUGAAAAGAUCACUAGAUUCAUCUGUAGGCGUUUGAUAUACGGAAAUACUUCCAGUGAUCAUCCAGUCAAGGAAUGUAGUCUGACAUGUGUGCAUCGGUUCAUGCUGCUGCACUAUUAGCACAUCAAAGUUGUGCUGUGGUAGUAACAUUAUUAGUGCGAAUAGGAGAGAUUAUGCAGCAAUGUCUUUGUAGUGAUGUUUUUAUAUUAUUCAAGUGUCUUACUUAAAGCACGUAGAAAUGGUUUUCUAAUAAAUAAAGCCCUUUUUGCAUACGGUGGUAUCUGUUAUAAGGUCAAUUAAUCUUUUUUCACCAUAUAUUGGAUUAUUUUAGCAUCUAUCGUAAUUUAUAGGAACCAUACGGUUCCACUUCAGACCAAAGUUCUAAAUAACCGUAUAUUAUUCGAAAUACAAAAGAGCUAUCAUAUAAAUGGGUGGUAUAUUUAGUCUGUUUUCCCGACUGUUUGGAAGUAAAGAACGGAGAAUCCUCAUCUUAGGCUUAGAUGGAGCCGGGAAAACGACAAUUCUCUAUAGGUUACAGGUUGGUGAAGUGGUAACAACCAUUCCUACUAUUGGAUUCAAUGUAGAAACAGUUGUUCACAAAAAUCUUAAAUUUCAAGUAUGGGAUUUAGGCGGUCAAACUAGUAUUCGACCAUAUUGGCGUUGUUAUUAUGCGAAUACUGAUGCUAUUAUUUAUGUAGUGGAUAGUAUGGAUAAAGAUCGAGUUGGAAUUUCUAAACAAGAAUUAUUUUCUAUGCUUGAGGAGGAAGAGCUUCGUGGUGCUGUACUGGUAAUAUUGGCAAAUAAACAAGAUAUAUCUGGUUGUAUGACUAUCAGUGAAGUAGCACAAUCACUUGGCUUAGCUGCAAUUAAAAAUCGACGUUAUCAAUUAUUUAAAACAUCUGCAUUAAAAGGUGAAGGAUUGGAAGAAGCUAUGGAUUGGUUAUCGAACACUCUGUGUACACAGAAAUGAUUUUCGCUACCAAAGUUCCUUCUUAUUACACAAAAGAAAUAGCUUGUGGAUUGGGGAAUUCCUCGUUUUUGAUUUUACUUUUUACCGGCCAUUUCUUUGUAAAUGCCCUCCUUGUCAUUUGCUGAGUUUGACGAAAUGUCUCGUCUCCUAACUUUUAUACUUACAAUCAUUUGAACUAAUUAAUGUCUUCCUUUGUUUCCACUAAAAUGUACAAUUUGACUUGCCUGUGAUACACCUAUUUUCAACCAUAAUACAUUAUCAUUGGUAGAUAUGACCC